AUGGCCGCGAUUCCCAGCACUCCUCACUUGUUAGGAAUCGGUAUUGGCCGAAAAAAUGUGGAAUAUCAAAUCAUAAACAUGUGCCAUAAUCCUGGACGAUUUUGUAAGUUUUCUUAUUGCUUUUGUUUUGUCUUAUUAUUGUUGGUGGAAUUUUUUCCUCGUUGUAAUUCGUCUUUUUCAGCAAAAGUUGGCGUAAUCCUGUUCAAUGGUCAAAAAUAUUGCGCCAAAGUUGCGAGUCGAAUGAAGAAUCAUUGCAGACAGGUAAUUUUUCAGUUUAUUGUUGAUGUUUAGGUAUCCCGGAUGGAACAAGGAGGCAUUAUCCGGGAAUUUUCGCAAAAGUUUUGUUUUUGGGGUUGCGAUUUUUUGAGAGAAAAUUUCGGACUUUUUCGCGGUUUAGGUAACAAAAAUUAAGUUUCUGGAUUUUCAAGGGUUUGUAUGGCAAUGUCUUUAUGCAAACUACGACCUGAAAUCUUUGAAUCUGCAUCGUGCAUAGCUAAGCUAUGUCUAUAGUUGUUAAAUUUGGCCGUAAAAGCAUUGUGAGAUAAUAAAAAUGACAUCGUACUUGACACUCGGUAUUUUUCAUUUGUUUCCUGGAUAAUAAACAAAAAUUUUUCAGGUAAUGCUCAUGGAUGCUUUGACUAAAAAGUUUCUCGACGGAGACAUCGCGGAGAAGGCCGCUCCCUUCUGCAUCGAUCAUGGUAUUGUUGUGUCAAGCAGAAGCAGUUCAUACAAGUUCAUCAUGGUCGAGCUCUUAUGGUUUGACUGCGAUAGUGUGUAUCGAAUUGCCGCUUCUCGAUACACGACACAAUCUUUGCUGAAACUGGCCAUCAAGGUAUGUGGUUUGCGAUUUUUUUUUUUGAAUUUUAGGCAGUUGAUGCAAGUUAAAAUUUCAGCAAGUCAGAGCUCUUCAACGUGUUCAUAAGGCUGGAAUUAUUGUUCGUGACGUUAAACACGACAACUUUUGUUUCACAAAGCCGAAUUCAGAUGAGCCGUGGAACGUCUACGUGGUCGACUUCAGUCACGGUCAGGCCUAUAUUGCGUAUGAUUGUGUAGAGUUUGAUGACAUGCUCUAUCGUAAUAAAUUUGACCAUAGAGUGAUCGAUCAUAGGCCGUUUGCUCCAAGAAUUCAAUGCUUUGACUAUCACGUACGUUUUAGAGAUUAUACAAGUUUUAGAGAUUAUAUAUCUCAUAAAUUGAAUUUUAGUCUCAUGUUCCCUACGAUGACAUGGAGUCAUGGUUCUAUUUCAUCGCCAGGAUGCAAGAUGUGUCGAGAUAUUUCGUAAAAUGGAGCUUGUUCAAUGUGGAAGACAUGCACAAGACUGAAAAGCACUUUAUCCAUGAAUUUCGAGGAGUUUAUCGAGUAUUCUGUCAGGCCCGACGGGAUGAGCCGUUCCCCUACAACGAAGUUGUUGAUGUUUUAGAAAGGGAGCUAGAACAUCAUGUUGCGGGAAUCGACUCAUUUCAUGUUGAAGAAGACGAUGAGCCAAGAGUGAUAACUGAGUAUGGUAAUGUAAAAAGAAUCACAGAAGUUUUGCCGAGUGAAGUGAUGACCUGGAGAUAG